CGGAACGGAACGGAACAGGACGGAUGAAAAGCCCUGGCCAGGGUUUUAUCGAUUAAAAUAGAAUUGCCGGAAGAUCGACAUUUUUCUGGAAUGGGUUUUAUGAGAUCGUUUCACAUAGAACAGCUGUUGAAAUCGUCCUUCUCCCAUCCAAACGCUGUAACGAGGGUGGGAUUUGUUAGAGGGUAUGCUGUUGCCUCAAAUGAGAAGAGAGUUGGUGCUAAAAGGCCUUGGAUUGAGGGGGUUAAAGAUAUUAUCGCUGUUGCUUCUGGGAAAGGCGGCGUUGGAAAGUCUACCACUGCAGUUAAUUUGGCUGUUGCACUUGCGAAGACAUGUCAACUGGAGGUGGGCUUGCUUGAUGCUGAUGUAUAUGGACCAUCUAUCCCUACUAUGAUGAAACUUCAUGGAAAGCCAGAAGUGAGUGAAGAUUUGAAGAUGAUCCCAUUUGAAAACCAUGGAGUGCGGUGUAUGUCGAUUGGAUUUCUCGUAGACAAUGAUGCUCCAAUCGUAUGGAGAGGUCCUAUGGUAAUGAGUGCUCUUGAAAAGUUGACUCGGGGAGUUGCUUGGGGAAAGCUCGAUAUACUUGUUGUGGAUAUGCCUCCAGGCACAGGCGACGCUCAGUUGUCCAUUUCACAAGGUUUGCAAUUAUCAGGUGCUUUGAUUGUUUCAACUCCUCAGGAUGUUGCGCUUAUAGAUGCUCGGAGAGGAGCUAAUAUGUUUCGUAAAGUCGAAGUUCCUAUAUUGGGACUUGUAGAGAACAUGAGCUGCUUCAGAUGUCCCCACUGUGGCGAGGAAUCAUACAUUUUUGGCCGUGGAGGAGCACGUAGGACUGCUGAUGAGAUGGAUAUGGAUUUCCUUGGCGAGAUACCGUUGGAGGUGGAUAUUAGAAGAACCUCAGAUGAAGGCAAUCCAAUAGUUGCAUCAGCACCUGAAUGUGAAAUUUCCAAAGCAUAUAAUGACGUCGCUUGUAAAGUUGUUCACAGACUGGGUGAAUUGGCAAAGGAACGAGAAAACCGUCCACAGAUUUUGUUGUGAAAUGCAGAUAUGUGCUCAAGGCAGAGGGACAACUGUCCGAUUGAGCUGCAGGCUCAACCAAGGUCUUUCUCUAGACCCAGAACUGGGUUUUGGCCUUUGUUAUUUCUCGGAAGUCAUGUUUACUAAGCAUUAUGAAUGAUACCCCAUUUGAAUUUUUGAAUGUAUGCAAAGGUCUUAGGGGAAUCA